GACGUCUCCGCCGUACCCAAAACGUCGUUCGUGAAAAGUUUGUAAACAUGGCGCAUCUUCCGAGAGAACCGACUUUAAAGCUCCGCAUUUCUCCUUCUAGUGAGCUACUCAAGCCCAUUAAUGUCCCACAGAAGUUGCUAAUGGGACCGGGGCCGUCCAAUAUCCCGCCCCGAGUUCUUGCUGCCGGUUCUCUGCCUGUUGUGGGACAUUUACACCCUGAGUUUUUAAAGGUAAUGGACGACGUGAAAGCAGGAAUUCAAUAUGCCUUUCAAACUAAGAACGAACUGACGUUAGCUGUGAGUGGGACUGGACAUGCUGGUAUGGAGGCAGCGACAAUGAACAUCGUAGAGAGAGGAGAUACAAUCCUGGUAGCUGAGAGUGGAUUAUGGGGACAAAGACUCGCUGGUCUGGCCGAUAGACUUGGAGCCAAUGUGAAAGUCAUUAAAAAGCCAAUGGGUCAAGUCUUCUCACUGCUUGACAUUGAAAACGGUCUUAAGAUGUACAGACCUUCCGUCUUCUUCAUCACUCAAGGAGAGUCCUCCGGUACAGCACUUCAGCCCCUCCAAGGUGUCGGAGACCUUUGUCACAGGUAUAACUGUCUUUUACUGGUGGACACAGUAGCAUCAAUGGGAGGUGUGCCGUUACUUGUUGAUGAUUGGGGUAUUGAUGUUAUCUACAGCGGUUCCCAGAAAGUGCUUGGUGCCCCGCCCGGUACCGCGCCCAUCUCGUUCAGUCUGAGGGCCAGAGAGAAGAUGGCUCGUAGGAAGACCAAAGUUCCUUCGUUCUACCUGGAUAUGGCUGAGUUGGGCAAUUAUUGGGGAUGUGAUGAGAAUCCCAGGAGGUAUCAUCACACCGGCAUGAUCAACUCUGUCUACGCUUUACGAGAAGGCCUAGCGAUGCUAGCUGAGGAAGGUCUUGAGAACUCCUGGAAGAGACACAAGGAAUGCUCCAAGAUGCUGUAUGCUGGACUGGACAAACUCGGCCUGAAGCUGCUUGUAACGGACCCCUCAGUGCGUCUACCCACUGUAACAGGGGUAUUGGUACCUGUUGGUGUCCCAUGGAAGGAGGUUGCCAUGUAUAUGAUGGACAAACAUAAGAUUGAGAUCUCUGGUGGACUUGGCGCCUUGGCUGGAAAGAUCUGGAGGAUUGGGCUGAUGGGGCACAACUGCCGACCAUACAACGUUGACAAGUUCUUGAAUGCCUUUAAGGAAGCACUUCAACACUGCGGAAUGACGAUCCCAUCAUCCAAACUGUAGCCACAAUACUUUACAAGGAAGAGGUAAACAAAAUUACCAAAGAUCCUAAUUCUUCCACUUUGAUAAUCAUUUUAUCUAACGCCGCCAACAUAGGGUUAUAUCUCAGUUGGUUGAGCGCCGGAUUCCACUCUAGUCAAUUCUUUGUUUAAC